AUGACAACAAACUUGUACGCCGUGGCCGGGCCAUCCAAACCAUCGUCAAUCUCCACUGUAUCAUCUACAUCACCAAAGUCUGAAUCGCCAUCACCAUUGAAAUCGAUAAAUGCCCUUCCUUCCAGCUCCGUCGGAGGUGUAUCAAAACCAGGAUUGAACUUGGAUGAGAAUGGUGAGAUUCUAAAAGUACCUGCGUUUUUGAAUAAGUUGUAUACCAUGGUCAGCGACGACACCGUGAAUGAAUUGAUAUACUGGAGCCAGGAUGGCGAUAGCUUCUUUGUGCCUAAUGCCGAGCAAUUCGGUAGAGAGCUUUUACCGAGAUGGUUCAAGCAUUCUAAUUUCUCCAGUUUUGUCAGGCAGCUCAAUAUGUAUGGUUUUCACAAAGUCCCUCAUCUUCAAUCUGGUGCUUUGAAGAAUGAGACACCAGUCGAACUCUGGGAGUUUGCCAAUCCCUUUUUCAAGAAGGGACACCCAGAUCUGCUUGCCAAAGUGACGAGAAAGAACAACCGCCCUGGAAACCUACCUUUACCUCCUACCACCGGUUCUGGAUCGCUCAAUACUCGCUCUGCGACCCAAGCUGCCGUAACUCCUGCUGCACCGCCGGGAAAAUAUCUGAUUACGGACGGAACAGUAGAAGGUGAAGCUGGACAAUUAGUCGGACCUUCGGGACAAGUGUUGGAUCUCAGCGCAAUUCAUUCUGGCAUAGCUGCUAUCAGACAAACCCAAGCCAAUAUUGGAGCGGACUUACGAAAGCUGCAGGCGUCAAAUGAAGCUUUAUGGAGACAAGCUUACGAGACUCAAGAGAAGCAGAGAAAACACGAAGAGACGAUUGACUUGAUUGUUUCCUUCCUCGAAAGGUUGUUUGGUACCGAAGGAGAAGGGCUCAAAGGGCUGAAAGAAGCUAUGAAAAGAGGUGCUAUUGGUCGGCCAAGGGAAGACAUGAAAGCUGAAGAGAAUGUUGGAGGAAGUGCUAAGAAGAGAAGGAGGGUUGGUAUAGAUAGGAUGAUUCAGAACGGUAAUGAAGAAGAAGAUGAGGAUGAUGAUGAUAGGCUUGUAGAGAUAGGUUCUACCUACUCCAUUCCACCUUUCAAACGAUCUUCUUCCGGCAAUACUCCAGACGCAUGGUCAUCGUCGGCUCAACGCUUCACUACGAUACCAACGGAAGACGACUCGUCCACACCUUCUGGCAGUACGCGGGCACCUUCGAAAGGCAUCACGCCAGGUGCGGAACAAACUCUUGCUGCAAAUCAUCUUUCUCCAUUAUCGGAUUCGGAUCAUCUCCUUCCUACGGAUAAUAAUGCUUUAGCCCGAUAUACUGCUCCAAACCAGUUCAAUCAAGUGCCUGACUUUAACCAGCAAACAUCGCAACCAUUGCUGAGUCCGAACUCCGCUCAAGCCGCUGCAUCAGCAUACAACCUUGAUCCUUCGCUGUUACAGACAACUAUCGGCUCCUUGCUGCAAUCUCCUGCAGCAGCACAAAUGUUCCUUAACUCUCUUAACAGCUCGGUACAAGGUCAAGCCUUACAGACACCUAAUACCAAGACUGCGAUUCCUGUGCCUGUCCAACCAACACAGCCAAACUUUCAAUAUCCCAAGCAACAAAAUCAAGCUCUGGACAAUGCGUCCCUCGAUCCUACUUUGGCAUUGUUUUCGCCCAUACCAAAUCAAGAUCAACUGACGCAAAACACCAACGAUUUGAUGAAAUCUUAUCAAGAUGCAAUCAGUGUGAACGGGGGAGUGGAUCAUUUACAGGAGAGCAUAGAUGAUCUUGUCCGAUCCAUGGGGCUGCAGAUCCCCAGUGGAGGGGAAAAUGGUCAGAAACCUGAAAUCGACAAUCUGAAUGGAUUGGGAAUGGGUCAAGGAGGGGAAGUGCUGGUUGAUCCGGACUUCAACGUCGAUGAAUUCCUGGAACAUCUAGCCAAGAGUGAAGAGGAUGGUGGCGCGAUGCAUGUCAAUAUGGGAGGGGCUGUAUGA